AUGUCAAAGGUCAUUACCCUGUGAACCAGGAAGUGUAGAAGCUGCAAGACAACCAAAGUGUGAGUUGGAAAGGUGUUUUUCACGAUGUCUCAAGACGAUAAGCUAACCAAGGAGGAGAAGCUCCGUCUCAUAGACCAAGAGAUCACCAACUUGCACGACUUCUGCGUGAAGUCGGGGUUUACCGAGGAGCAGAUCCGGAGUCUCUCGGCGCCGGUGGCGAGGAUCGCCGAGCGCGGCAGGCGGAAGACCUGGCUCUGGAGACUCCUGAAGAUUUCCCUGUUCGUGGGCGCGGUUGUCUUAUGUUACACCUGGGACCCUGCACACCGCAAGGUGGCCAUCUUCGGCAAACUAGCGCUCGUGAAGGUGUUGCCAUACUGGGACUGGACCUACCUGUAUGACGAGGAGUGCCUCAUAAACAACCCGUACUACAUCCAGCCUCCACUCCUGACAGCUGAGGACUGUGAGGUGUGUUUGGAGAUUAGAGGGGUGAAGCGACUGAAGAAGGUUGACCACGCGGACAUGUCAGAUCUCUUGCUGGACAACGUGCCGCUCGUGGUGACUGACGCCACGCAGGACUGGACCGAACUCAACCAGAUCACUUUUGACGACUUUCUGAAGCUGUACUCCACCCAGCAGGAGUUCCUGACGUCGGGAGUUUGUGACUUCCACUCCAGUCUGAAGAAGUCUCUGUCCUCCCCUCACCCCUCCGUCCUGUUGUCUGAAGCGCAGGGAAAGGCUGACUGGUACGCAGUCUGGAAGAAUUGCGAGCGUGACGGUGUGCGGCUGAUGAGGAAAUUCUACGGAACGCGGCCGUACUUCUUACCACCGAUGGUCGAGUCACAUGAGUCCAACUGGGUCUUUGUGUCGAAGGGACAGGCCAUCAAACACUUUGUGCCGCUGCCGUUUGAGGAGCACUCAGUGGUGUGGCUGGCGCAGGUCAAGGGCAGCGUCUCGUACCGGCUGGAACCGGAUCCCAUCUGCGAAACCACCUGCAAACCCAUCGACGUCACGCUCAAACCCGGAGAAACAUUGGUUGUACCCCAGAACCUGUGGACUGUCCAGAUCAAGAACAGCAAGGACUCCGAACCCUCCGUGGUCGUCGCGGCAACCGGCACCUGGGAUUAAAUUGUUUAUUCUCUAUCAAACGCCGAUCACUUAAAAUCUGGAAGGACAUGUCUCAAACCUCAAGGGCACGAAGUGUUCUAACACCCCUAAGUAUUAUAUAUGUUCUGACACCCCUAUGUUUUGACAUCCCUAUGUUCCAUUUUGUACUAUGCUACUUUCAACCUCUGCAUGAUGAUCAAAUGAUCACUGGCCACUUUUUGAGCUAGUUUAACUGUAAUAUCCAACACCAACACAAAAAUGGGACUCCCCCAAAUUUUGGACUGAACAGCAUCAGUCUUUGUCAAGGAAUGAACAAUCCACUGCUGCCGUGACGUCACGUUAUGUAGAUAGAACACACGACUCAGUAAGCAACCUACGAUCCACUGCUUACUGAGUCACGUGUUCUAUCUGCAUAACGUGACGUCAAAAAGACUGGUGCUGUUCAGUCCAAAAUUUGGGUGAGUCGAAUUUUGUUGUUGGAUAAUACAGUUUGACUCCUACCAACACAGAUGAACUUUCAAGUUACUGUGAACCCUGUCUAUAGUGACCACCUGUCUACAGUGACCGCCUGACUCUACUGAGACCUUAUAAUAUUCUCUUCCAGCCCUUCAGUGUUCACUUACAGUGUUAGGUUUGAGUCAGCGUACUUGACAUAAAGUCCCAAAUGUAUUCAGUCCUUCCGGAUGUCCAGUGACCGGAGUUUUGUCCCUGUCUCUCUGCUGCUGCUAACGCUUAAUACAGGAGCUGGUAUCUUUGACCUUCAUCCAUCAUGUAACCUUGAACUGUGACUUUUUGAUGGACAUUUUGUACUUAAUAUAAAGAGUUUGUUAUAUUGAGUAUAUCGAUCAUGUGCACCCUUAUCCCUUGGUUCUCUCUAUUGACCCACUGCAAGUAGCUGAGUAUAAGACAGCGUUUGUGUACCAAAAUCGAACAACUGUUGCGGUAAUCAGAGCGUGUAUUUAUAUGGCCUGCUGUCUUAGGUCACAUUUCCAACCCGGGGUCGGCUGGGCUAUUAGACAGAAAUUAUAGUCUGGUUUACAAACCUAUUUUAGCUGCCCAGUUUCUUCAUCCUCUCUUAGAACAGACUCGGCGGCUAUAAUAUGUUUGAAUACCAGGCUCAGGAAUAUCAGGAAUACAAAUAAGGAAGAGGUCAGUAGGCAACAGAAAGUUGGGAAACAAAUUUGUCUCACUUCCUAAAACUGUGUGUACCAAGGUACAUUACUAUGACCUUUCCCUCGGACUUAUAUUAUCCCUUGUAAGUGCUGAGAACAACAAACGUAUGAAAUUAUGUGGCCUUGAUAAGCAUUUAAACCUCUUUAUGUAUUGCUUAUAUAUGGAUAUUGAACAUCAAGCGCAUAGAUACCGAAUUCGCCUUAUCCAUAACGCAUGUUGAUGCGUAAGCAGUGGGGAACCUAAUUUCUUUUUCUGCGAAUGGGUACGUGUGCAUUGUGCAUCGAGCGCCAAUGUCAGACGCACUAAACUUAUACCAAUCGCGCACCUGGCGAUUGCCCAAAAUAUAGCUGUCUUGAUCUGUUUUUUUGUUGCUUCAGUGCAAAUUACUGUAUAUGGUUUCCACCAUCGGCCUCCCGAAACAUGGAUACCAAAUCUUCAAUGUACACUGGAUGUUCGAAGUGUAUGUACAAGGGACAGUCCCUAGCCCUCGAAAUGAAAAUUGAGGUCCUGCGCUUGAGGUCCUUUCCUGUGUGAGUGUGGUAAAUUGUAUAGAACCGAGUGUGUAUUUUAAGUCUGUGUAAGGUGCGUACAUUUUAGUCACCAGCCUUUUAUUUUCGCACAAAACGUAUCCCAUAGUUUUGUGUCAGUUUUAGGCACACGGACAUGCGCACAGUACGGUCCAUUACGCGUACCUCAAAAUGGCACAAAAUGAUUGAGAUGCAAAUGAGAUGAGUAUUGUACGUACGACUAUGUUAUAUUCCUAAACAGCUGCCAUAACUGUUCCUUCAUAUCAGGAUCGACCGUAUGUUCAUGUUGUAUCAUUUGAGUCCAGACCUUCAUGAAAUAAGCAGGUGAAUAGUUGAGUUAAGUUGAGGAAUGUGAAUACAGUCUCCAAGCAGAUGUUGGAAUGAUGCUUUUUUAGUAAUGGCCGGAUUUUAACCUUUCGUGACAGUCACACUUGUAAAAACACAUCUGUUAGCACACCUGUAUCCAGGUAUAACUGCAAUGUCCAUUGAACACAAGUAUUGUAGACAUGAAAUAAAUGUUCAUAACUUAA